CUUCUUUAUCGAAGGACGGGUGCAGGAAAGAGGACUGUUUACGAGCCUUGAUUCUGCUCGUUUCGGUCGCUGUAGCUGGCCGCCCACCAUGAGCGGCGUCUACACCAGAAAGCCAUUGGAUGAGAUUGACACAUCCGAAGGGGCGCUGCCGUUCAACCUGCAACGAGUCGCCGAAGACGAGCUCGGAGAAACUCCUGCACGGAGAAAGGAAUCCCUCGAAAAACUACUGCAGUCGUUAUCAAAAGAGGAAGGCCUCCAUCCGAGACAAGAUGCCGCAUUCCUUCUGCGGUUCCUACGCGUGCGGAAGUACAACGUGGAGGCGGCGCUGCGUACCAUCCGCAACUACUACCGGAACCGCAACACGAGUCGGACCAUCUUCGAGGACUUAACGCCAUCCAGCAUAUCCGAAGCAACGCGACGGAUUAUGAUGAUAAUGCCGGGAAAGGAUGUUUGCGGACGCCCCAUCUUUCUUUUCAAGAUCGGCUCGUGGGACAUCGUGGAAUCUUCUUACGUCGAAAUGCACCGGGCCGCCAUGCUCUGCCUUGAGCAUUUAGCGAAAGAUCCUACAACGCAAACACUGGGCAUGGUCAUGCUGUUCGACUACGCUAAGCUGACGCCAGAAAAAGUGCUCUCCAUCAAUGUGGGCUUGAUUAGAAGAGGCUUCGAGUACCUUCAGGAUUGCAUGCCCAUGCGCAUGAAAGCCAUGUACGCCGUACGAGAGGGGUUUGCAUUUGACAUGGUCUACGCGCUGGUUAGGCCAUUCCUUAAGAAGAAGCUUGCCGACAGGUUUCAUCCGUACGGAGAAAAUUUUGAAGAACUCCACAAGCACAUAGACCCUCACGUCCUACCUAAAGAGUACGGUGGAGACGCACCUCCAUUAGACUUUAAUGAAUUCUGGAGCAAGCUUGAGGUCAACUACGAUGACUACAAGGAGGACAGGAAGUAUGGCUACAUCACGAAUAACCAAAGUUUUGCCACAGAUGCGGAAAUUGAAAAAGAAGUCACGUUUUUGUAAUAAAAACAAAACCAGCAAGAGUAAGUAGAAAACGAAA